UUCCAGUGGGACACACACUACUACACCUGGAGGAGGAGCUACUUUCUCUGCUCAGCCACGUGGUCUCCACAGCUCAAACAAUGCUGGAGUCCUCGCGCAGAUUUCUUCCUCUGUAACUUCGUCUGUAGCUGAAUCGUCUGGGACCAGAGGCUCUGCUCUCUCUGUAACGUCUUCUGUAGCU